AAGAUAUUGCGUCAGUUGCCGUGGAAAGAGUGAAGUACAACUGCUCUUGAAGAAAUGUCAGAGAGCUCGAGUGACACGGAGUCCUCUUGCGGAUGGACCAUCAUUAGUAAUGAGGGCUCGGAUAUUGAGACCCUGGGGCCGGAGACUGGGAUCGAACCCUCAGAAAGAGCCCCUGUGCCGGAUCAGACAGCCUCCCUUGGCGCCGAGGGAGAUGUAGAUGUGGGUGAGUCAUCCAUAGAUGUUACCUUGAAGGAAGAAACCUUAGAGAAUGUAGAGUCUUCGCCUGAGGCUGUAAAGGCAGUUGAUGAGCACGUGACUUUGUGCUCCUCUAGCGAUCACUCCGAUAUUGUGACUCUGGAAGAUUCCAGGGAUCAGGGACUGGGGCCUUGGGAGGAACCAUCAGUGAAGGAAGAUGACGAUGAUGAGGCAAGGGACGAAGAACUCUACCUGGGCACGUCCUCCAGCAGCCAGUACACUUUCAGUGCACCUGAGACUGCCGUGUUCCCGGUGGACCAGCCUGCAUCACGAGACUCCAGCAGCAGCAGCAGCGAUGAGACGGAGAGGGAGCAGAGCCCGGUCCCGAGGAGACGCAGGGUGAGGAAGAGCACUGCUGGAUCUGAGCCUGAGGAGACGCAGCAGCAGCAGCAGCAGCAGCAGCACCUCCCAAACCCCAGGGAGCAGCAGGAGCAAGAGGUGGAUGAGGUGGCAGAGCAGCAGGAGCAUGGAGCCGCACCUCCUUCUCCUCCCCAGGGUCAAAUCAGUGGUGCACUCAACAAGUGUAUCCUUCUAGCUCUAGUCAUUGCCAUCAGUACGGGCUUUGGACACUUCUAUGGGACGAUACAGAUCCAGGAGAGGCAGAGGAUGGUGGAGAAAAGCCGUCUGAUGGAGCCGCACGAGAUGAGAGAGUUUCAGCAGUGUCAGAGAGCCCCAGCUGUCGUCAGCAAGGAAGUGAUUGAAAAAGGUUUAAGAGAAGACCAAGUGGAAAAGCAUGAGAUGCUGCACUCCCUGUCAGGGAUUGUGGAUAAGAUAACUAAAGAGAACCAGCAGCUCAGACUCAAACAGGCUGAAUUACAGGCUGAGAGAAAGGACUUGUUUGAACGAUUGAAGCAGACCAAGAGUGAGAUGAACUCUCGUCAACAGCAGCUGACCAUGGAGAACCAGCAGCUGAAGAACAGCCUUGAGCGCGAGGAGGCGUCCCUUUCUGCGCUGCAGGAGGAGCUGAGGCACCUCCGCGCUCAGAUCCGAGAGCUGGAGGAAAAAGGAGCCGGCACGGACCUCAUCCGCUCUGAAAACCAGAAGCUGAAGAACGUCCUGCAAGAGGAGAGGCAGCGAAGCCGUAGCUUCCUCAGCCAAAGGGAGGCGCUGAUGGCCGAGGCCCAGGUGCUGCGUAAAGAGCUCGAUAAAGAACGACAGGUGACGGACAGGCUGAAGGAGGAGCUGAACAACAGGGACAGGUCAGGGGCAGAUCCUGAAACGGAGCAGCUUCAAACGCGUCUCCAGGAACUGGAGAAGAAGCUGAGCUUUGAGCAACAACGUUCUGACCUGUGGGAGAGACUCUACGUGGAGAGUAAAGAGGAGAGGUCCAAAGGAGACAGGCACCCUAAAUCGAAACGACCCAAAGAGAGCAUGAUAGGCAAAGUGAAGGAGACUUUCGACGCAGUGAAGAAUUCCACCAAAGAAUUUGUCCACCAUCACAAAGAGCAAAUCAAGAAAGCCAAAGAGGCAGUGAAGGAAAACCUCAGGAAGUUUUCAGACUCUGUCAAAUCCACGUUUCGUCACUUCAAGGACUCCGCGUCGCACGUGUUCGGUAAGGGCAGGCAACCUCAGGAGAGGAAGUUUCACGAGAGGAAAGACCCUAAACCCGAGCAGCAGGAUCAUCACCAGGAGCGUUUUAAACAGCCGAGAGACAAAAAGGCAGACGACGCCUCAUGGCAUUCCCAUAGGCCUUUGCAUCAACACCCCCGUAAAUCCACCACUGACUCCUUUCAUCAGGCAGGAGGGCGUGGCACACAUAGGUUCUCAGAUACACGCAAGGACCAAAGAGGAAUACCUAAGGGAUGCUCUGGAGUGUUUGACUGCGCUUACCAAGAGUCCAUGAGCCUCUUCAACAAGGCUAUGGAUCCCAUUCGAGCAGACGAAUUCAACCAGCUUCUUCAAAGCUACCUACAGCAGUCGGUCGGUCAUUUCCACCACUGGACAGAGUUAGAGAACUUCAUCAAUAAUUUUUUCCAUAACGGUGUCUUCAUUCACGAUCAGAUGCUGUUUACAGACUUUGUCAGCGGCGUUGAGGACUACUUGGAAGACAUGGAAGAGUAUCAGAGCCAUGCGGAUGAUGUAUUUGAAGAUCUAGAUGAUUUUAUCUACAGGCAUUUCUUUGGAGAGACUUAUUCAAAACGAUAUGGGCCAAGUAGACCCUUUGAAGGGCCUGUUUCGAAGAGUAAAGCGGACAGAGAGGCCAGACAGCAGCGAAAGCAUCAUCAUCAUCAUCAUCAUCACCAGUCUCGCCCCCAGCUACAGAAAGAGAGGAAGUGGACUAGACCAGGACGGGGUUCAGACAGACACAUAGCAAACGUCAAAAUAGAACUGGGUCCUAUGCCCUUCGACCCAAAAUAUUAAAUCGAAAGAGAAAAAUAAGAUAAAAGUCUUAGAGUUUAUAUCUUAUUAUUAGAGCUUUGACACUGAAGUACACUUCUGGCUAAAACAUGCUUUUGGUGUGAUCUUUGAAAGGCUGCAGUUGCCCUUUUCAUGACUUUUAUGCGGAAACUUGUACCGUUUUGUUGAAUGCUUCGUUGGUUCUUCUGUGCAAGUUGUGCUAAGUUUGUGCUAAUGUGUUGGGUUUUAGCAGAACUUCUCUGAUGCUGUCUGAAUGUAAAGAAUUUGAGCGAUCUGAUUUGUCAACUUGAUAUUAGGUUAUCAGAGUAACCCAUACAUAGCUUAUAAUAAAUUACAGAGGAAAUAAAAGAAAAGAAAAUAAUAAUGGCAAUGCAAGUUGAACUCUGGAGCAUUGGAGAAAUAGAGGAAAGGAAAAAUAGUUAAAUAACGAACGAGGACCAAACUAGUGAUCACAGUAAGAUGUAUGAGACAGCGCAUUAUUUCAUCUCAAGCACAUUUGGGUUAUUGAAUCUAUAUGCAUUACAAUCGAUUGUGGAAAUAAGUCUGUUUAGUUGUUUUGUACUGCUGCUACUUGUCAACACUGACCAGAGAACUGUUUGAAACGUGUUGUGACUUGCAUAUAGAGUGCAAUGUUUCCUUUUGCAUUAAUUAAUUAAUUAUUUGCUACGUAACAUUCCAAUUGUAGCUCGUUUUCCAUGAGUCUGGAAAUUGUUUGUUGCUUGAUGUGAUGCAAAUGAAUCGGAAUGCAUUUAAAUGAAUCGAGUCAAUUAAAAAAAAAAAAAGACG